GUCCACUUCAAGUGCUCAGUUCAUUGGCUUUGAAUAAUGCUGGUAGUAAACCUGAUUUUAAUCUUGGUCAUACUCCAGGAACUUCACUACCCGCCUUGUGUUGCGGGGCCCUCGAAAAACGUGUUACCUCCAUUUACAACAAUUGUGAAGCACGACCCAAGAGUAGCAUUUUACGCGAAAAUGGGAUGGAAAAAAGCAAUAAAUCCAUGGAUCCAUCCUAUAUAUCACAAGCAGACCUACUUACAUAGAUGUUCUAAUGUCGUACUUUUUGUAAUUAAUAUAAACAAUUACUCAGGUUCGAAUAGAGAACAAACAAUUAUAACCACAGGAGUUUUCAUUAGCUCAACUCGUGUCCUCACUUCAUUUAAUCCAUUUAAAAAAUAUUUACAAGAUGCUGAAGUUGUUAACAAAACUAUAAUACUUUCGCCGCAUUAUUUUUGGCACAAUAAAAAAUACGGACAUGCAUACGUCGCACCACGUGUAGAUACGAUUGAAUGUGGACGUCAAAUAAUGCCUUUACCGGAUGAUGCUGAUGUGCUUUAUGUAAACAAAGAAGAAAAGAUUUCCCCACUUCACGAUUUAAUGGUGUUUAGAGUAACUGAACCUAAGGAGUUUUUGCACCCUGAUGCAUAUACUGUGUAUUUAAAAUUCAGUCCACAGUGGCGGUUUUGGAAUAUGAGCGUGCCAGGAUUACCGCUUGCCGACCCACUUGAUGAUAUAUUUGACAAUUUAUUGAUAGAAGUCGUUGGAUUCGGUUUUAUUAAUGAAACCGAAUUUAAAAAGGAACCUAAAAGAAUGCACGAGGUUAGUUUCUUUCCUAACCCGGUCGACAUCUUGGACUGCGACAGUUGGAUACCUCGAGAGUGGGGUUACUUCAUAUGCGUCAGAAAUUUUUUUAGUAGUCCAGCGCUGCCGUCUGGUGCCGUUUUGUUAUCAAGUUCAAAUGUGUAUGGAAUAGGCAGUUUCAUGUUGACCAGAAAUGGGGAAUCAAUUUUUGUUUUCACUGACGUGAGACCUUAUAGGAACCAAAUAUUGCAUGCUUGCUCUAUAUACGAGUUCGAAGAUACUCCAGACCCAAGAAUAUGGUGGUGACCAAAGUAAUCUUAGAUGAAACCAUAAUAAUAUCGUACGAUGUCUUCCAAUUUUAUUGUGCAUCAAGUUACUUUUAAAACAUUUACCUUAAUAUGGACAAGGCUAAAUGAACAUUCUCUAAAAGCCAAAUAUUAACUGCACUUAUGGCACGGUGACUGGGCAAUCAGCUGUCGCACAUCUUGUAACGGAUUCGAUCCUCAUCCGGGGCAAGGCACACGUGUAUAUGAAAUUAUGUUUGUAAACGGACCCACAACACAGGAGAAAAUCCUAGUGUGGAGAAAUAUUUUUCUAAAAUGAAGAAAAUCUUUAGUUGAUGCAGAGACAAACCAGUUCAAUGGUAGAUGCAAUGAACCAAGUAUAAUCCGGUACCUACUUCCAGUUGAACUACAGAGAGUUUUGGGAGGUUGUGGCGGGUGGGCCCAUUUAAAACAAGAUAAUCCGGAUAUAAUAAAGAAAUGUAAAGAAAGAAAGAAAGAAAGAAAAAUCAUUUAUUCGGCACCGGGCACGAUGCACCAAAACAAAACACAAAAUAGAAGAAAAAAAAAAUGGUAAAAUUAAUUAAUACAUUUAAAAAACACAAAAAAAUGCACUACUUAAUUAUAUAGAAAAAAAAAAAAACACAUACAAACACACAACAGAUAAAAGAAAAAAAAAACAAGGUGGCAACGUGCCCAAGCCAAAAGGGUUGCCACCUCAGUAUGAGCUGGGCACCGAAAGUACCCAGCACUGAUUUUCAGUUGGCACCCUUUGCA